AUGUCUAAUUGUGUAGAUAAUGAUGAAAAUGAACAUCUCAUCACUUUAUUUUGUUUUGAUGUAAGAAAAUUCUGUCAUGACGAAAUAUAUGGUGAUGGCGAAAAUGACUUAGAAUCUGGUGAUAUAUAUCUUCGUCCUCAAACAUGGUUGGUAGAAUGUGGUCUUGAAUCUGAAACAUAG